CAUAUGUGCACAAGCAAGUUCCUACCGGAGAGCCAAUCACCCUUCAGAAGAAAAAAAAAGUGUAUCAGACAGUUUUCUGUUCCCAGCUCCGGCGGUUGCAUGCAUUCGGCGAAGGGUAGUGAUCAAUUUCGAAUCAGUACCUACACUGACGACCGACCGUGGUCAUUGCUGCUCACCGUUCGACUACCGGCAAAUUUCAAGAGCCAGCCGUACUGACUGUAGUGUUACUGUUGAGAUGUAGUGCAAAUCAGCCCACAAUAACAAUACUAACGGCAAUUAAUAGAGUGACCGACGACGACAACGACGACAGUGCUUCUAUUUAAUUUAACUUAAUUGAUUUUGUACAAAAAACCGCACACACUCUCUCUUUCCUGCGGCAGCCGGCCGGUAACCACCGGAGUUUUGGGCAAUCGUGUUCGACCGUUGGUUAGUGCCAGUAGUGCCCUCGCCGGGAGAAGAUCCCCAUCUCUACAGUGAAAGAUACAUAGAGGUACAUACCUCUGACGUGUUGUGCUCACGGCCGCCGCCCGGAAUUGGAAUUGCAGUUUGUCGUCGUGAUCUAUCAAUUUCUCGGAAGAAAAGGUCAUUUUGAUCAGAAGGCGCAAGUGAGGCGGUGUUCAAGUGCGAUUUGUGAAUGAAUCCCCCGGUGAUAGUGAACACGAGUGUAAUUGUGUAAUUCUGCGGUUAGCGUUGCUACAUUUCGACGGAAACAGUUGCAUCAUUCUGUGUAUCUAGUGUAGUGUGAACCGUACUGAGCUGUGGCUCUCCAUAUCAGCAUCAAAGCGGAAUUAUCCAUUAGUUUGAUUCAUUUCUGCACUAGUUUGAUUCGUCAUCGUUUUCUUCCGUUUUGCUAGUUAUUCCUGCAGUGUUCUUUCCGCAACAAAUCUUUCGUUUUGCUUUGUUUAGAAUCAUGGUUACCAAAAUAUGGCGGAGUUGCUUUCCGUCAUCCGAAAACUCACCACAUCACGUCGAACGGCAUCAUUUCUAUCUAUGUCAGUGGCAAACUAACACUCAAGUCGGGAUAUGCUAUCUGAUGUACCGGUUAAUCGUGGCCAUUCUGCUGCUGGCGGUGCUGGCCUGCUCGGCGCUGGACAUUGGCCGAUCGGAACCGAUGCUGGAACAUCACUACGCCAAAUGGUGGAUCUACCUGACGCACUGGGCACUGAUAGCGUGCGCCCUGCAGGCCUGGCUGGCUGCAAUUAUCGUUACCAAAGGACUGAUGAUUGACCGGAACGAGUUCGAAUGGAACAUCCAUGUUGCCCGGGAGAGUCGCCUGCAUGCCGUCUACUGGGUUGUCUACACGAUUGCCACAGUAUACUCGUUCAUCGUCACGAUAGUCUAUUGGACGUUUGUUUACGAUCCGGAGGUUCACCGAGUGGACGCCGUAAAUCUGAUGGUGCACGUGCUCAACUCCGUCAUAAUGCUAAUCGAUUUGACCAUCGUGGGACACCCAAUCCGGCUCAACCAUGCCUACUGGACGACCGGCAUCGGCGUGGCGUAUGCGCUGUUCUCGGUCAUAUAUUACCUGGCUGGAGGCACCGACAGGCACAACGAGAGCAGUAUCUACCGGAUGCUCGACUGGCAGAAGCCGGGCAAGUCGAUUGUGGUAUGUGUACUGGGAGUCUUUUUCGUGUUUGUCAUCCACUUCCUGUGCUACUGCAUGUACUGCCUGAGGGUGUGGCUGUACGCUCGGUUCUGCCUGCCGGAGCCGAUCCGAAAUGGGUCCCGCAAUGGCGAGAAGAUUAGCUGCAUUACCAGAAGCCUCUCGACGAUGGAGGAAUCCCAGCGGGAGCAGUUCCUCAACCCAUCGACCGUCAUCGAUCUCAAGUGAUACGAGGAGGGGGGCCAGCAUCAACAGCAGCAACAACAACAACCGCAGCCGCAACCCUCUGGCUCUGGUUCCAGCUCCGCCUACCGGGCCGGAGGCAACGAUCCUUCGGCCCAACCACUGAAGCAUCACAAGCAACAACAACAGCAACAGCAGUAUCAUCACCAGGAGCCACACCAGUCAUUCACGUGCGCUCGUUAGCUCAAGUAAAUUAUAAUAACCUUUUCAAGAGUCAUUGUUCGAUAGUAUAGCAUCGUUCGGAAGGAGAAAUUAUCCUUCAGAUGUUUGAUUAAAAUUAAUAAGAGGGGGUAAUUUAAACUCUAAAAAAACACAAUAACCUAACAGACGACGAAAACGGAGUGGGAGAGAGGGUUGUUUAGUGCAGUAACAAAUUGUGUAAAUUGGUAACAAAAAUUUUAAGUAGGUGGAUAGCUCUGGAGGUGAGUUUUUUUGUAUACAACAGUUUUAAAACCACACAGAAAGUUUAACAAAAAAAAGAAAUUAUUAAUCGACUGUUAAGAUGCAUGAAGGAAUGCGGUAGAAUCAUUGAUAUAUAAGAAUUCUAUAUAUUACCACAAUUAGCAAACUGGUCGGUGUGAUUGAUGAUGUAGUUUUCGAUCUCAGGAUAUGGAAACGUUUGGCAUUUAAACAUCAAGUGAUAUAACUACAUGUUCCUAUUUCUGCAGUGAAGCUCUCUGAUCACAGUAUUAUCUUUAGUUUUAACGUUAGUGGAAUGAAAUCAUGGCAGAUGAUUAAAAGUCCAAUAUUUUAUGAUUCUCUUAGAAAGACUAUUAUUUUUUAUUGUGUUGACGGUUUUCCAAAAACUUUUAGUACACAGGGUCAAAUAUUUGUCCAAUAAGAAACCAAUGCUCAAACAUGUUGUUUGACUUGAUCAAAUUUUCAUUAGUGUCAAACUCAUGUUGUUUCUUGAGCUCUUUCCUUGUCCUGUGUACUUCAGCCCAUACAAAUACACACAAUAUACACUGCUGAAUUAUUUAUACAAGUUGUCUUAGUUUUCGUAAUUUUAUUUUCCAUCAUACAUAGCUGCGUAAGGGUUUCGGGCGAUCUGUUUAGUUCGUCCGAAUCUCGCCGGGGACUGCGACAAGGUGGUGAACUCUCAUGCCUGAUGUUCAAUAUCGCCACGGAAGGUGUAAGG